CAGAGCAGAGCCCAGCAUCUGGGCUCCAACCCCGUGCAUCCCUGGCCUGCAGCCUGGCCUGGACCAGCUGGUCAUCCGUCCUCACCCCCUGCGCGGCCAGUCCCUUUCCCCCAUGGACUUCUUGGAGGAGGGCAGCUGGAACCUGUCCUUCGCAGGUGCCGGCUACCUGGCUCUCUACCACGUGGGGGUGAUCCACUGCCUGAGCCAGCAUGCCCCGCGCCUCCUGCAGGGCGCCCACCGCUUCUAUGGCUCCUCGUCGGGGGCUCUCAGCGCAAUCAGUAUCAUCUGCAACAAGUCAGUGGACUUCUGCUGCUGCCAACUCCUGGGCAUGGUAAAGCUGGUGGAGGAGCUGAGCCUGGGCAUCUUCCACCCGGCCUAUGCGCCCAUUGAAUACAUCCAGCAGCAGCUGCGAGACACCCUGCCCGACGACUGUCACAUCCUGGCCUCCCAGCGGCUGGGCAUCUCGCUGACCCACUGGCCUGAUGGCCACAACCACAUAGUCACCGACUUUGCCACCAAAGAGGAGCUCAUCCAGGCCCUGGUCUGCACCCUGUACAUGCCCUUAUACUGUGGGACCAUCCCCCCUGCGUUCCGAGGGGAGCGCUACAUAGACGGCGCGCUGAGUAACAACGUGCCCUUUGCCAACUGCGCUUCCACCAUCACCAUCUCGCCGUACUACGGGACUGCGGACAUCUGUCCCAGGAGCACCUCGGCCAGUCUGCACGAGCUAAAUGCCUUCAGCGCCAGCUUCCAGAUCUGCACCGCCAACAUCUACCUGGGCUACAUCUCCCUCUUCCCCCCCAAACCCGAGGUGGUGGCCGACAUCUCCAGACAGGGCUACCUGGACGCCCUCAGGUUCCUGGAGCAACGGGGACUCAUCAAGGAACCGGUGCUGUGGACGUUGGUAUCCAAGGAGCGGCCAGCGCCGGCCAAGGGCGGCUGUGGAGGUUUCACCUGGGACGUACCCCAUGUGCAGCUGAAAGACGUGGCCUGCUUUGAGCAGCUCGCGCCCGAGCUGGAGGCUGCCCUGAAGAAGACUUGUCAGAGGGACUCCAGCGUCUGGACACGCUUCCACCGCUCGGGGCCCGGAAGGGCGCUGACCUACCUGCUGCUGCCCUGGUCACUGCCCUUCGAGUACGUCUACUACCGGAGCCGGAGGUUAGCUCUGUGGCUGCCUGACGCUCCAGCAGACCUGCUGUGGAUAUGGGGACAGAUCAAGGGCAUGGUGUACUCGGUCUUCUCCAGGACAAAGCCCGGGCUCCGCCUGCCGGUCAGCAGUGCCAGGGACACAGGCUCCUGCCAGCCCAGGACUGCAGGCACAGAUCUCUGGUCCACCCAUUCAGCCUACAGGGCACCGGGAGAGAGGCCCUCCUGAUACCUGUUCCUGCCUGCAUCCUGGACACUCACAGUUACCGCCAGUCUGUGGUGACCUGGGACUCUCCCUGGCCCCUAGCCUGAGGAGGUGGUGGGAAUGCUGGUCAGACAAGGACACCCUCCCUCGCCUCCAUGGGGACUCCUGCUCUCCUUCCUGCCUGUCUGCCCUCAGUGGAAGGGAUAGCAGGAGUGAUUCACAAGGGCCUGUGACCAUCACGCACUGUCUGCAGAGCUCGCUACAGAUCACAGGACACAGCCCGGACGUCCAGAUGAGGGGGCAAAUUGGAGUGAACGCGGGGUGUGGUGUGGGGUUCCUCAUGCCCUUCACCUUUUGGUCCUGCACUGGCCCUAGAGGUGACUCCUGUGAACUUUGACUGCUCGUGGAGCCCUUGGAGGGGGAGGCCCUGCAAGCAAUGGGAUGGAGGAGGAGAAGGACCAGGAGGAGCAGGAGGAAGAGGAGGAGGAAGGGGCCCUGCUGCAGGCACCUUCAGGGCAGUCUCCACCCUCCCCAUCUGCUCUGCAGACACCAGGCCUCCUCUGGCUUCUCCUUGGGGCCACUGCUCUUCCUGUCCUCAUAGCAGAGCCCACACGGUGUCCCAGAGAGGCUCCAGGGGACCCUCAGCUGCUGGGGAGAUGGGGACCUGAGAGACACAGCCUUGAGCAAGAGAAAAACGAUCAAAGGAGUAAAUGUGGGAUGCAAAGGGCCAGUGCUGUCCGUUCAUCCAUCCAUUCACCCAUUCACUCAUCGGGCUUCCAAACAUAAAGAGCUUGGCCUCUGAGAGACAGGGCAGUGAGCAGCACACGGGAAAAUACAAGGGCUGAUCAAAAAUAUGGUGUGCAAAAACUGCGGUGUAUAGUUAAACAUUAAAAAAAGUAUUCCUCUAAAAGACACAUUGCUAUGAAUCGCUCUCAAAAUACUCUGGCUUCCAGCACACUCAAUCCCAUCAUCCUCGACCCUUUCUGCAGCAGUUCUGGAGUCCUCUUUCCCAAGCAUCUUUGCCAGGUGUGAUUUAAAAAAAAGUGCCACAGGCGGCUGCUGAGCUCCAUCCACCGGAAAGGCAGCUCUCAAAAACAUGAGGCCCUGUCUGCAGCCAGCUGAUUCAUCAGCUCUGGCCCCAUGUGACUUUCAGCUCGUCCCCAAAGUUACAGUGACCAUGGAAAGGGGACGUUUUGAAUCAGUGCAGGAUCUUGAGACAGCUGGAACCCUGCAACUAAAGACCCUCAGGAGAGAGGAUGCCAGAGCUGCCCCAGGAAGCCGGGCAGGCGGAUAAUGAGAGGAAGGCAAAGCCUUUUAUCGUA